AUGGCUGCCGAAAAGUUUGGUCUACAUCUCAAGACGAUUCUUAAAGGGAAACAUAUCGACGCCAUUUACGAAUUCUGGGGAGUCAAUUACGCCGUAGAAAUCGAACUCCCCGAGGACGGUGAGACUCCGGAGAACGUGAGACUGGGGUAUUGUGGAGCUUACGCGUCUCAUUUCGAGGCUGGCGGCUUAUCGUUUCCUCUUCCUCGUUUCCUUCUCGAGGUGCUGACGGAGAUCAAUAUGGCGUUUACCCAGAUGGCGCCUAACUUUUUCCGGUACUUCUUGGGUUGCUGGCGAAACAACGGCUUUCAUUGCACGAUGAUUCUUGCUCCUCGAGGUGGUCGUGUUAUCAUCGAAGGCAUUCCUAAUAAGGAUGAUCGAUGGAGGGAGAAAUUUUUUGUUUUUAAGAUAAAUCCGGCGUCAGUCGGUUUCGAGAGGAUUCCUCGGGAAUGGUCCGACGACAUUGCCGCCUGCACUCUCCCAUCGGGUGCGAAUCGUGCUACUCCUAUCGCCUUGGUGGCUCCUGUUCAGCCCAAGAGAGGUCGGGGCACCAAAAGGAAGAAGGAUGAAGAGGUGUUACUCGAUCGUCCUGACGAGUCUUCUGAGGCCGGGUCAUCAGAGCGAGCUCGGAAAGUCCAUCGGGGGCGGGUCCUUAGACCGAGGUCGCAGGCUCAGUCUCUUGGUCUUCUUGCUAGGCCAGUGUCGGUCGCUAUUCCAUCUGGUGGAGCUUGCAAGGCACCGGAUACUUCGGCGAGCUCUGCUGGUGAUCGAGCUCUUAAUGACGAGAUCGAUUCGUCAUCUCGUCAAUCUCGACGUCGGGUUUUGGAGGAGAUUAACUCUGUGACUUCGGGAUCAUCGAGCCCAAGACUUUCUCCGCCGUUGCGUGCUUCUGGUGAAGGUACUUCGCGGGUUAACCCCGGUGUCCUUCCUUCGAGUAUGCCCGAAGCUUUUUUGUGGUCGUUUGCGUAUAACAGCGAGAUCCCCAUCCUUGAGAACCCCGAGUCCCUUGCAGCAAUUUGGUGUAAGAUCAGAGCAGAAGGGUGCGAGCUCCCUUCUUUGGAGCACAUGCGAGAGCGCGACGCCUAUGUUCGGAUGGCAGUCGCAAAUGCCAAGGCUAUGGACGCGAGCAAUGAUUAUGCCGCUUUAAUGGAGGGGCGAUUGGCAAAUUUUCCGAGUAAGGAAGAGAUCGCGGGUCACCUUCUCACGAUCCAACAGCUUCGGGGUGAGCUGGAUACUGCUCGGGAGGUGGAGAGACAGCGCGAAGUGGAUUUUGAAGAAUUGAAGAAGAAGUUGGCGGCUGCUGAGGCAGAAAAGGUUGUUGCUCAAAGCAACCUUAACUCGAUGGAGGAGAAGAAUAAGCGAGAGAUGGAAGGUCGGGAUAGGAGAGCUCGCAAAGAUCUCCAUCUAGCUCGUGUCUCUCUUGCAAAGGAGUACGAGGGGGUUUUGGCUGUAUUCAGGGGUAAGUUGGAGCAGAAGAAGAAAGAAACGUCCGCGGAGAUUCUUUUGCAAGACACGCGAGUUCGUAUCGAAGCUUUGACCGAGUAUAGUGAGGGCGGCUUCGAGCUCGAGGCGGAGUUGGAGCGCCUUAAAGACUUGGAGGUUUCACUCGACGUCGAUUACAGUCUUGCUUCGGUGUCGGACCCUUCUCUUGGUCGUCUCGAUCUCCCCGAGAUCUCCGGAGGCUCGGUCAACCAAGAUUGA